AUGUCUGGAAGUUUGCUAACGGACUUAUUGUUGCCGCAAGGUACUUUUCAAGAUGUCCGAACCGACUUUAUGGGACAUCUGGGACCUCUUUUAACACUCGUUACUACCCUUGCCAUUUCGAUAAGAGCCAUCUGGUGUCUUUGGCAUCAACCACAUAGGCGACCGGCAUACUUGCUUUCGACAUCACAUAUUCUCAUCAACCUUGCAAACACGGCUACUGUUCUGGUAUGCAUUAUCGCCAAUACCAUUCAGUUGGUGUUUAGCUUGGAACUGGAAUCCGUGGUUUCUGAACUUUCCUGGCGUCGGGGACUUCAUCUUGUCGCGACCUGUGUCUCGUUGACUACACUUGCGUUUAUUAUAGUCCCAACUGGUAUCUACCCUCUGGUUCUGAUACAUGACAGCAGGGGCGAUGCUCCUCCCACCCUACUCGAAACAACCUACAUGGUUGGCGUUGUGGUUGCAUCCGUUAUGCUACCUCUAAUUACACCAUCUCACAACCGCAUGCAAGAGCACGGGGCACCCUUCCAUCCGUCUCUUAACUGCUCACCAAUCGUCCGGUGGUGGACGUACGGCUGGAUUAGUCCCUUUGUCGCGUCAGCGUAUGCGAACCACGGCGAUGUCACUCGCAUCAGUAUCCCAGUCUUGACGCCAAAGAGCAAUCCACGUGUCUGGGCCUCACGCCUACGCGAAACUCGGCGGAAAACGGGCUCUACGGCUCGCGCGGUGUGGAUUCUCUUCAGGCCUCGACUUGCUAUUAUGGCCACCUUCAUGGUCUUCUGUGGCUUUGCAGAGUUCAUUGGGGCCAUCGGGCUUCGGAGUCUUCUCCAGUUUUUGGAAGGUUCAAGCCCAGAGAGAGCCUUCCACCCCUGGUUUGCCGCCUUUCUGUUCGGUGCCUCACCUAUUAUCCGAGGGCUCUGUAUGCAAACUUUCGAAUCAUUCUCGACAGAAGCAAUUUGCCACUUCAAGUCCAUGGUGACGAGUACCGUGUUCGAGAAGCUACUUAAGCAGAAACCGGGAGUUCGCCCGGAUUCCGGUCAGAUCACCAACCACGUUGCGGCAGACCUCGAAAAGAUUUCAGUGCUUCGGUACAGUGUUAUGGCAGGCUUCAUGGUCCCCGUGGAGGUGGCAGUUGCCAGUGUCUUGCUGUACCAGACGAUGGGAUGGUCUUAUGUACCUGGAUUGGUGAUUAUACUCACUACCCGUAUUCCCAUCUCAUGGUACGUCAGCCGGUAUCAGGGCCAUGCCCAGUCCACUGUUAUGGCCGCAAUCGAUGCUAGGGUACGUCGAGUGAGCGAGGUCGUCAAGGGGCUGCAGACGGUUCAGAUGCUGGGGCAAGCUCUGGCAUUUCAUGCCUGGAUUGAUGAAAAGCGAGAGAAAGAGCUGUUGGCGAUAUGGGGCAAAAUGAAGAUUGUAGUUGCGUCUGACACGAUCUCAGCUGGUUUUGUGCUGGUGCCCCUAGUUGUGUCGCUUUGGUCGUAUACCAUGCUUGCUGGAUUACCACUUACCCCUACAAUGGUUUUCACUGUUGUCUCCAUCUUCAACACCCUCAAGGGCAUGAUGUCACUUGCAGUGAUUGGAGUUAGCACACAUGCCCAUGCAACGGUUUCCUUGAACCGAGUGCUGGCGUUUCUGGAUGACGAGCUAUCACCAGAGGACAAUUGGGAGAGCGGAGCGUUUCACACUGCUUACGCGGACGAGAGGCCGAAUGGGACCGACUAUACCUUUGGGGCACUAAAUGCUACCAUUCAGGUUUACGGGAGCGGUGGGAAUCCAAGGACUAUUCUGAAAAACGUCAAUUUUAGUUUGGUCCAAGGUGGACUCAACGUCAUCACGGGGAAAACAGGGUCCGGCAAAUCCACUUUGCUGAAAGGUCUUAUACAUGAAGCUCAUGUCUCUCAAGGGGAGCUGGGCAUCCGGUCAAGCCCCUUUGAAAAAGUGUCAUAUGCUGGCCAAUCACCUUGGCUGCAGGAAGGCACAAUCAGGGAGAAUAUUCUAUUUGGUUCUCCUUUCUCAGAAAGGCGAUAUCAAGAGACCAUUAAAUCAACGGGACUAGACAUCGACCUACGAGACCUACCUUCAGGCGAUGCGACCAUCGUCGGUGAGCGUGGCCAAUCUCUAUCAGGUGGACAGAGAGCUCGCGUAGCCAUGGCCAGGGCCAUUUUUGCGGACACUCAGACGGUACUGCUGGAUGAUAUCUUGGCCGCUUUGGAUGCUACCACAUCUCGUUUGGUUGUGGAUAAAUGCAUCCUCGGUGACUUCAUGAAAGGACGGACCAUCGUGCUGGUAACUGAGCAUCUCCAAUGUCGGCAAGAGGCAGACUUGCUGCUUGAGAUUAGCGACGGGACCGUCACAAGAGUUGUGGCCCCAGAUCAACAAUCCUCAAAGGCAUCUAAAGUCUCGUCUGUGACAGUUUUAGAGACUGAGGUAUCAAGCGACACCUUCGAAGCUAUUCUAGAGACCACCGAAGCUCCAGAGAUCAGUCCUCCCAGCGAAGUCAAGUCUUCCCCGAAAGGCUCAGAGAAACUCAUUACGGGUUUGAUUGGGAGGAUGUAUAUCCUAAAGUACAUGAAGCUCUUUGGUUCUCCAGGGUUCUUGUGCCUAUUUUGCUGCCUUGCUCUCAGCUCCCAAGCAGCAGACGUGUUACUGUCAUUCUGGUUGACUAUCUGGUCAGGCAAGUAUGAACACGAGAGCAGUCAAGAGGAGCGACAGAAAUCUUUUUCUUAUCUCAUCGUCUACGCUGGUAUUGGAGUUGUUCAAAUAUCCCUCGUCUGCGUAUCUUCAUUGAUCUUCUUCUACGGAGCCCUGAGAGCAAGCCGCACAGAACACUCGCGAAUGAUCACGUCGGUUCUUGGGGCAACCUUCACUUGGAUCACGACCACACCUGGGGGAUGGAUUCUCAACCGAUUUUCCUCUGACAUGUUCUCUUUGGACAAUACCAUCACGGAACUGCUGAAGCAGGUGCUGGAAAAUUUCCUGUCUAUUGGUUUCCGUCUUGCCGCAGUUUCAUCAGCCCUUCCGUCGUUUAUUCUUCCCACAGUUAUCUUGCUUGGUUUGGGCAUGUAUGUCGGCCAGAUCUAUCUAUAUGGCUCAACUGCGGCAAAGAGAGUGUAUGCCGCAGGUUUGUCUCCAAUCCUCACCGGUCUGACAGAUGUUAUUACGGGUAUCGAAGUCAUCCGCGCUCAUCGGGCGGAGGCCACAUUUCAAGAUCAAUUUCUGAUAUCUCUUGAGCAUUAUCUGCAAGGUUGGGAGGCUGUUAGUGCGACCCAGAGAUGGUUGGCAGUCAGGAUGGACUUUUUGGCUGGAUUGAUAUCGCUCUUGACUGCGACUCUCGCCCUGUCGUCUAGAAACACCAGCCCGGCCGUCAUUGGAUUCAGUAUGACAAGCUCAACAACUCUUUGCACCUCGCUAUUAUAUAUUGUAUAUCUAUCGAGCGUGUUGCAGGUUGAAAUGAACUGCUUCCAGCGCAUCGAAGAAUACAUUCACACGAUACCACAAGAGCAAAGGGGUUCCGACAAAGAGUUGCCGCCCCAACAUCUGAUCGGAUGGCCUCAUGAUGGAAACGUGAGGAUACAUAACGUCACCGCCGGCUAUACCAUUGAUGGUGAUGCUGUGUUAAAUGACAUCAACCUCGAGGCUAAGCCCGGGCAACGCGUUGCCAUCGUGGGACGCUCAGGGAGUGGGAAGAGCUCUCUCGCAGCGACUCUUCUUCGAUUAACUCGGAAGUUUCAAGGUCGCGUCCUUAUCGACGGCAUCGAUAUUGAGACUGUAGAUGUUCAUGAUUUACGUCAGCGCAUUUGCUUCAUUCCCCAAAGCCCUACAUUGUUUACUGGCUCAUUGAGAUUCAACCUCGAUUUUAGCGGCACGAUUCCAGAUCUGCUGCUUCAAAAAGUACUCGGCGAUGUGCUGGGUGAUCUUGCGGCAACCAAACACUGGAACCUGGACAAAGAAAUUGAAGCCGAUGGAGCCAACCUGUCGCAAGGCGAGCGACAACUCAUCUCCAUGGCGCGGGCGCUCGUGACUGACGCCCGUGUCGUGCUGAUUGACGAAGCGACGGCCAAUUUAGAUGCCGAGAGUGAAGAGCGCAUUCAAAGGCUGUUGAAGGAACGUUUCUCGGACAAGACUCUGAUCGCCAUCGCACAUCGCCUAGCUUCCGUGGUUCAAUUCGACUGGGUGUACGUGAUGGAUCAGGGAAGUAUUGUCGAGCAAGGCAAUCCCCAAGAGCUCAUGGUCCGAGAAGGCGGGGAGUUUUGGAAACUAUGGCAAGCCACUCGUGAAUAG